GGUGACAAUAAUUUUAUACAGGACAGAUUAUGACAGCUUCUUUCUUAAGGAAAAAGUGUUUAAAUUUUAUAAAAUGAAAUAUAUAUUUCAAAUACUGGAUAAAAUGAGAUGCUUGAGAAAACGUUCGACAGUGUCUUUCUUGGGAGUUCUUGUCAUUUUCCUUCUAUUCAUGAACUUAUACAUUGAAGAUAGCUAUGUUCUGGAAGGUGACAAGCAACUCAUAAGGGAAACAUCCACACAUCAGCUUAAUUCUGAACGCUAUGUUCACACUUUCAAGGAUUUAUCUAACUUCUCAGGAACAAUAAAUGUCACCUAUCGCUACCUAGCUGCCACACCUUUACAUAGAAAGCGGUAUCUCACAAUUGGACUUUCAUCAGUGAAACGGAAAAAAGGAAGUUAUUUACUUGAGACAAUAAAGUCAAUCUUUGAACAGUCCAGCUAUGAAGAACUAAAAGAAAUUUCAGUAGUGGUGCAUCUAGCAGACUUUAAUUCAUCGUGGCGUGAUGUCAUGGUCCAAGAUAUUACACAGAAAUUUGCCCAUCACAUUAUUGCAGGAAGAUUAAUGGUUAUACAUGCUCCUGAAGAGUAUUAUCCAGUUCUGGAUGGUCUUAAAAGAAAUUACAAUGACCCAGAGGAUAGAGUGAGAUUUCGCUCCAAGCAAAAUGUAGACUAUGCUUUUCUCCUUAAUUUCUGUGCCAAUACUUCAGACUAUUAUGUAAUGCUUGAAGACGAUGUUCGGUGUUCCAAAAAUUUCUUAACUGCCAUCAAGAAAGUCAUUGCAUCCUUACAAGGAACAUAUUGGGUAACUCUUGAGUUCUCAAAGCUUGGCUACAUUGGUAAACUGUAUCAUUCUCAUGAUCUCCCUCGUCUGGCCCAUUUUUUAUUAAUGUUUUAUCAAGAAAUGCCUUGUGAUUGGCUAUUGACUCAUUUCCGAGGUCUGCUUGCUCAGAAAAAUGUGAUUCGAUUUAAACCUUCUCUCUUUCAGCACAUGGGCUAUUAUUCAUCCUAUAAAGGAACUGAGAAUAAACUGAAGGAUGAUGACUUUGAAGAGGAGUCAUUUGACAUCCCUGAUAACCCCCCAGCCAGCCUCUACACUAACAUGAAUGUCUUUGAAAACUAUGAAGCCAGCAAGGCUUACAGUAGUGUUGAUGAAUACUUCUGGGGCAAACCACCUUCAGUAGGAGAUACAUUUGUUAUUGUAUUUGAAAAGCCACUUGUAAUUAAAAAAAUCAAAGUGAAUACUGGAACAGAAGAUCGACAGAAUGACAUUUUGCAUCAUGGAGCUUUAGAUGUUGGGAAAAUACUUAUGUUCAGAAAACAAGUAAGACAAUGUGAUACUUACUCAAGACUGGGGGAAUUCAAAAAUGGAAACUUUGAAAUCUCAGAGGUGAAUCAAAAAAUUCCAUUUGACAUACAAUGCAUAAGGAUAUGUGUUACCAAAACACAAAAAGAAUGGCUGAUAAUUCGGAGUAUCAGCAUUUGGACUAACUAGGAAUUAAACCAGUAUACUGAGUCUCCGAAGCAGGUCUUCCUGUUUCAAUUCUUCCUAACUUCCUUAUUUGUUACCUUUGUCUUUUGGAAGUCACAAAUGGAUGUGAUGUGUCCUAGGAAAAGUUGAUGGUCUCAGCAGUUUUUAUUGUAGUUCAAUGAAAUACACCCUUGUAUUUUUGUUUUCACUUUUGAGGUCGAAUAUCAUUCUGUAGUUAGAGUUGCUGUCAUUCAUAUAUUUAAAUGUUCAUAGCUCCACAAUUUCAACCAAUAGUCAAAAGUGAUGUAAGAUUUAUAAUGAGAAAAUGCUUUCUUUGGAUGAUAAUUAAAACACAGUUGACAGCUAUAUACACUUAUUCAUGAAUUUUAAUUCAAUUCAUUAUAUGAUCAGACAACUUCUCAUUAAGAAUCUCUGUGAAUAUGCAGUUGGUUGCAGUCAUAAACUGGGAUAUUUUUCUUGGAAAUUUAUGCUUUCACUGACUGCUAUAUUUCUACAAUUAAUACCUCCUUAUAGAAGUGAUGUCUUUACAACAGACUGUUUCGUGUAAAUAGGGCUAUGGAAAAACAGACUCAAAAAUCAUCAUUCCUCUGGUUAUUUCUAUGAAAAAGAACACUGCUCAUUGUUUAAAACCAUUUCUUUGAGCACUUAUUAAUAAAUUUUCUGUGGAAAGAAGUCCGUGUUUACCCUUUGGAAAAUACAGUUAAUCUCACUAUUUUAAAGUUGCAUUGGUUACCUGUAAUUAACAGACAAAGAGAGAUGGCCAACAGUUAGUCCAUUUGUCCAUACAGUCUCAGUUUAUGCAGAAAAAAUUGAAAUUUAUUUUAUAUUUUGUAUUGAAAGUCAUGUGAUUGAAAUUGUAAUUUAUCCUAUUUUGGAGAGAUUAAAAAGCCCUCUUACGUGGGAAUGGUAAAAACUAUA